CCUUUAUGAUCAGACUAAACGAACAUUAGCAGUCAGUGUGAACCAAAUAUUUAUUUAUUUGAUACCAUUAAUCUUUUCGUUUAGAUCAAAAUUGACUCGUAAUAAAAUAAGAACAGAUAGAAAUUCCAGUCCAAUUUUUCUAAAAUCGCUUUAAUGAGAAAACGUGAGAAAUGGAAAAUAAUUUGAGCGCAUGGAUACGAAAUCCCGACUUCUUCCUGUGUUAGUCUUAGUCCUUUCUUCCGCAAAUACUCGAGUGGAACAUGUCGGUAAAUUCGUCUGAAAAAAGAGAAGACUGGGAAGUUGAGUCCAAACAUGCCAGUGACUCAUACUCCUCCGGCCCUAUGGGAAUGGUCCCUGAUGGAGUCAUUGAAUCCAGCUGGGAUGAGGUUGUUGACAAUUUCGAUAAUAUGAACCUCAAGGAGACUUUGCUCCGUGGUAUUUACGCUUAUGGUUUUGAGAAGCCGUCGGCCAUCCAACAAAGAGCAAUUCUUCCUUGCGUCAAAGGUCAUGAUGUCAUUGCUCAGGCUCAAUCAGGAACCGGAAAAACUGCAACAUUUUCAAUAUCCAUUUUACAAAAAAUUGAUACAGAUUUGAACGAGACACAAGCUCUUAUUUUAGCACCUACAAGAGAAUUAGCACAACAGAUUCAAAAGGUUGUUGUAACAUUGGGAGAUUUCAUGGGUGCUCUCUGUCAUGCUUGCAUUGGAGGAACCAAUGUUCGGGAAGAUAUUAAAAGGUUAGAAGUCGGUUGUCAUGUACUUGUUGGAACUCCUGGAAGAGUGUAUGACAUGAUCACAAGGAAAGCCUUAAAAACACAUUCCAUCAAGAUUUUUGUUCUUGAUGAAGCUGAUGAAAUGUUAUCAAGAGGUUUCAAAGAUCAAAUUCAUGAUGUAUUCCGAACCCUUAAUGGGGAUGUACAGGUUAUCUUGCUUUCUGCAACAAUGCCCCCUGAUGUCUUGGAGGUCACAUCAAAAUUUAUGAGGAAGCCCGUAAGCAUUUUAGUCAAAAAAGAGGAGCUUACCCUUGAAGGUAUUAAACAAUUCUACGUGGCUGUUGAGCAGGAGGAAUGGAAGUUAGAAACCUUAACUGAUUUGUAUGAUACUUUAAGUAUUACACAAGCUGUAAUAUUUUGUAAUACACGUCGUAAGGUUGAUUGGCUUACAGAAAGCAUGCACUCCAGGGAUUUUACGGUUUCAGCUAUGCAUGGUGAUAUGGGCCAAAGAGAAAGGGAGUUGAUUAUGAAAGCUUUCAGGAGCGGAUCCAGUCGUGUAUUAAUCACCACAGAUCUCCUCGCUCGCGGAAUCGAUGUUCAACAAGUAUCGCUUGUUAUUAACUAUGAUUUGCCAUCGAAUCGUGAAAAUUACAUUCAUAGGAUCGGUCGAGGUGGACGGUUUGGUCGUAAAGGUGUAGCUAUUAACUUUGUAACUUCAGAAGACAAACACACAUUGGAGGAUAUCCAGAAAUUUUAUAACACUGAAAUAGAAGAAAUGCCGAUGAAUGUAGCAGAUCUCAUCUGCUAAAGGAAAGUUUUACUCUUCACAUCUGGAGGACUUUUUUUGGAAAUAAAGAUCUAAAUUUCCUAAAGAAGGUUCUACAAACAGUGGUUUUACUUUUACCCUUCAAAUUAUCCCAAAUCCCUUAACAGUUUAUAAUUGGUAUCCAGAUUUAUUUAUACGAAAGUAAUUUUUUGGUUUAUAUUAAAUAGUUUUGCAUUUUUACUCCAUUCUAUUGCAUAAAAUUUGUAUUUAUAAAUAAAUGUUUUAAAGAUAAAAAAAUUACAAAUUUCUAGAUUACCCCCCUUCGUAUAACCACUUUAGAUUAAUUAGAAGUAGUUGCAAAAAUUUGAUUGGUGUACAGUUUAUUUUGUGUUAAAUAUAAAGUAACAAAUUUUUUAACCACAAAGAAAGCAAAAAUUUAUUUUCAAGUUCAUGUUUUUUUAGUCACUGAAUUAAGAUCUUGUAUUAGCAGUAAUAUUAAUUUCGUUUUUAUCCCCAGAUAUUUUUUCGUUUUUUGUUAACUGCAACGGCUCAGAGGCUGGUAUGAACAGUGCAGGGGAGUUUACACAGGAGUUGUAUUAUAGACAAAGCGCUUGUAUUGUAAUAAAAUCUGGUUUUUAUAUAAA